AUGCGGAGUGGCCUGGCGGCGUUGGCGGGGGUCGCUACCUCGGUGUCCCAAGUCUCAGUGGAGAUCCGCCGAGAUGCUCGAAACGCGACUCAGACGCUGCGUGGCGGUCCGGACAACACCAGUCUGGGCAACACCAGUCUGGGCAACGCCACGCGACCGAUGCAUGUUGCAUUCAACAUCUCUGUCUUUGGCAAUGCCAGCGCAGAUCCCCGACAGCGCGCACUUGCCACCAAAGUCCUCAUGGAGGAGGCGGAUAGCCGACAAAUUGCCCGUGCCAUGAACACUGCGCUGGCAGCCAGAGGUCUGCAGGUGUUGGUGCAGGCUGCUGACCUGACG